GCGGGGCGCAGCUCGCACGAGAGGCGCGCGGGCGCAGGCGAGUCCAGCCGGGCAGAGUGGAAUCGAGCAAGGAAUUGCUGCCUCGGGGACGGCAUGGACCGGGCAGGGAAGAGGGGGCUGCUGGUGGCGCAGCUGACGCUCGCCUGGGUCUCCUAUCAAGUACAAUCCACCUUCCAAGUCACCACUCCUAACUCACUUUACAUCUGUCCUGAAGGUCAGAAUAUUACCUUGACUUGCAAGAUCAGUGGGCCUUUUGUUGACCGGCAUGAUUUCUUUAUCAAAUAUUGGUACUUCAGCAGCCAGAAUGAUCACAGCUGCUCUGAGAAAAAACAUAUCCGCAAUGUCACAGAGAGGGAGCUGCAUUAUGAAGCAGGAAAACAUCAUGGACAAUCCAAUAAUAACACUGCUGAUAAAUCCAUCCAUGGGCAACCAGCACACCACCAUGGACUGGAAUUUUCCUCGGAUCACCAUGGGACAUUCAGUAUCACUAUAGCAAACCUUUCAUUGCAGGACAGUGGGGGCUACUGCUGUUAUGUCAUAGAGGCUAAGAAGGAGCACAACAAGGCCAUUGUCCAGCUACAUCGUCAUGGCUUCAUGGAACUUCAUAUACAAAAAGCAAAUGGCACACUUCCCAACUGUACGUUUCAUUCUACUGUCAGAAGGGAAAAUGAAAACAUCACAGCAGCUGCACUGGCAACAGGGGCCUGCAUUGUGGGCAUUUUGUGCCUGCCCUUGCUUCUGAUCCUUAUUUACAAGCAGAGACAAGCAGUCACUAACAGGCGUGCUCAUGAGCUUGUCCGACUGGAAAGGAAUGCCCAAGGCAUUGAGAACCCCGUCUUUGAUGAUGUGCCUCCUGCUAAUUUGGAAUCCAAGCCCAGGCCGCAGUUAACAUAUAUGGCCAGUCGACAACAGUCAGAGUCAGGUCGGCAUCUCCUUUCAGAACCAAACACUCCACUCUCACCUCCAAGUGCCGGAGAAUGUUUCUUCCCAUCACUGGAGCCCGUUCCUGAUUCACCAGACUUAAUGGAUGUUGAAUAAUGUUUCCUAGGAAGAAUGUCUCCAUGAAUUUAUGGACAAGGUUUCGCUUGCUGCUUGGAGGGGGGGGGGGGGGAAGCUUUUGUAACAAUCUCUGUAAAAGAGAGAAAUACCAGCAGAGUGUGGUGCUUGUCUGACAGUUCAGACUCACUGCUGUGUUCCUUGUUCAUUCUUAGAAAGUUUCAGAGCAGAAAUUCAGUACAGGAAGAUAGUGAAAUACUGGACCCUUCUAGAAUUCUGCAGCAACACAUUUCUCGGGUACUGUACAUUUCACUACACCAGGAUUGUCUUCAGGAUGGGUGAAGAUUCUUGAUUGUAUGGAGAGCAACCCAACUACCAAAAGCCAUAAAAAUGGCGCAGGUACCUAAGAAUUUCCACCCUGAAUUCCUAAUGCCAUCUUACUUCAAAAGACAAACAUGGAUAAAAAUACUUUAAAAAGUUUCUUUCAGAAGAAAUACUUGUGAAUGUGCUACAUCUUCCUUUAUAUAGAUUAUGCUGUAUAUGUUAUUUUAAAGUCUGAAACAUUUGAUGCUUUGGCAGAGCAACUGUGUAUUUUGCUUGUGGUUUCAUGUUGAAAGAUCAGACAUGAAAACGUCCCAGUACCAGGUUACAAUCCUAACUAACCUUUUUUGUUUGACUGAGAAUAUACUAAUGAUUUUAGGAAGACUGAAUCUGGACUUCAAGCUCUGUGAGUCAGUCUUUUAAUUUUCUUCUGACUGCUUUGCCAAAUAAUGCUUACACAACUAAAACUGUGAGCAGGUUGGUGUACCAGUGAAGUAUGCCUGCAUAUCAAAAUUUAGAUCUAAUGUCAAAUUCAUUUAUUCUAAACAGUGGAGCUGUUUGCAGAGUGAUUCACACUUCAUCCAAAUACCGACCUAAUUGUGAAUUUUGGAUCAGACUCACAAUCUGACCAUUAAUAUUUUAAUAUAGAUCUGGAUCUAGUGUUCCAAUCUAAUCUGUUCUCUGUCAGAAAUGUGGUGCUUGUCUCUUAAUGACAAGGUAUGCAGAGAAACAGUUUAGCUUAAAUAAUGUUUUAACCACUUCCAAUUGGCCAUGCUGGUAGGGGCUGAUGGGAAUUGUAGUUCCUGAACAUCUGGAGAGCCGCAGGUUCCCUACCCCUGUUUUAGUCCAUUCAGCACAUUGAUAGCACACAGUGCAAACUCUGAUGUAAGGUAAAGUUAUGUGUGGCUUUUUUUUUGGUAACACUACAUUCACCCAGAGAUUAUAUCAGGCACUUCCAGAGUUGGCUGAGGCAAAUCAGCAAAUGCACUUCAGCAUGACAUUUCCAAGACUAACUUCACAUAACACAGAAAUGCACACAAAGAAUGUGUAUUUGGCAGGGUGUUUUUAAUGUCCAACAGCAGAUUAUGCUUAUUUUUAAAUAUGCUACAUAGUCUUACUAUGAAGUGUUACAGAUCCUCUCUGCUCCACCUUCCCAUCUAAUCAAGAAACUAUUUAAAUGAGCAUGAUUAAAGUUAAACUGGCUGAAUUUAAAAGGCAUUUACUGCUUGCAACAGGGAAGGUAUCAUAGGGAGUUUAUGCCAGAGCUGCCAACUGACCCCUGCAUCCCACUUCUUUGCCUAUUCUUGUGCUAGCUCUGCAAUAAGAUGUCAGCCUGUCUCUCAAGCUUCAGCCUGAAGCACAUGACAGUUGCACAAGAAUGGAGAACAUGAGCACGAGCAGCUAGUCCUCCUGUGCCCUCCUAUGGUGGGCUGGCCCAAGACUAUUAAGAACACAUCUCAAGAAGGGCAGAUCUAACCUAUAUUUAGCUUUUCUUGACCUUAAGGCAGCCUUUGAUUUGGUCUGUAGAGAGUUGAUCUGGCAAAAAUUGGAAACCCUUGGCCUAGAGCCCUGUUUGUUGUUGCUAAUCAGAAUUCUCUAUAGCAAUACUACAUGCCAAAUUUUGUAUGCAGAUGAUGCACUCCUACUAUCUAGAUCUAGGACAGGCCUAAACCAUCUACUAGCCAAAUGUAGUGAGUAUUGCACCUCCAACAUGUUGGAAAUCAAUCCCCAAAAGAGAAAGGUGGUUGUAUUUUCUAACACCUUUAAUAUUCUCCAUUGGAGGUUGGAUGGCAAAUCAGUAGAGAUGGUCAAAGUCUAUAAAUAUCUAGGUGUUGCCUUUGCCCACAAAGCUUUUUUGGGGAAACAUAGAUAGCUUGCAGCCAAGGCAAUGUCAGCUGUUGUUCUAAACUUCUUUGCUACUAAAGGGGGCAAAUUUAUCCCAGUGGUAUUAAAGUUAUUUAAUGUGAAAAUAAUACAGCAACUGCUAUAUUAUUGAUCCCUUUGUGGAUCAGUGAUUGUGCUCCUUCUCUAGAAAAAAUCCAAUCAAGCUUUUCUUAUCAAAUUUUGGAGACCCAAGUUGCAUGACAUACGCAACUUUAUGUCUAGAAGCUGGCCAGCAUCUACAAGAGCCUUACAAGAGCCUGGCUCCUCACUUUCAAAUUCCUGACCAGACUCUGUUUUUCCACUGAUGCAAAUAGUUAUCUGUAUUUGGCCCUUCCCAAGAUCCAAUGUCUCCCAAGGUCUGACUGGUGGAGAACAAUCUGAUCACCCUAGGUCUUUCCUGGGAUGCCUUGCUCACGUUAGCCCCCAGCAAAAUAUUGCAAACUAUAAAAUCCCAUCUCUUUAGUCAUGAACUCCAACUCUUGGUUCAAAGAGCCGGGGUUUCAUGCUCACCUAUAUACUUUGGUAUUAUCCCUACAAAAGUGCAAAUGGCCUGCUAUUUAAAGGUUCUACUCAAUUCCAAACAAAGGUAGGCUCUCACUAGA